CCAGUGGACUCUGCACACACUGCAAUACACAAGAGAUGGUAAAACACAUUCUGUUAGACUGCAAAAGAUAUGAGGAGGAAAGAACUGAACUAGAGAUGCAAAUUGGAAAGCAAAACAUGACACUAGAGAACUUGCUGGGAAAAACAUCUGGGAAAAUGCACCGCCCCCUAAUAAACUAUCUAAAAUACUGGGAUAAGUGACUUUUGUAACUUAGUAUGAAUAUCUAGUAUGUGUAUUUAUUUAUUUUUUAAUUUUAUUUAUUUUUUAUUUUAUUUUCCUUCCCCUGCCAAUCUGCUGCCCACACUCCAGUCCAGUAGGUGGCGGUAAUGCACCUUAAGUUGGUUUGCCAACCGCCAUUAAAACAAAAGAAGAAGGAGUGUCCGUGUUUUACAGCAUGGUGCAGGAAAAUGGCUGUCAGUAACGUUCUGAAGCGAUUAACCGGAGUUAAUCUCCAUCUGUUUAGUUCACACGCCCGACUUAGUGUUUGCGCUUUAGUGAACAAAUCCGUACAGAUUCGCGGAUAUGCUAAAAAAGCCGCUGCUAAAGGAAAAGGAAAAGGCAUGGUGAAGGAUGUGCUAAAGGGCCCAGAGGUGUGUAAGGACCCGGUGAGGCUGACCUCACACGCUGUGGGAGUAAACAUCUACAAACAAGGAGAAGAUCCACCACUGAAACCCCAAGAGGAAUAUCCAGCAUGGUUGUUCGAGUUGGAUCUUGGUCCCCCCAAAAAACUCCAGGAACUGGAUACAGAGAGCCAUGAAUACUGGAAGCAACUGAGGAAGGAGCACAUCUGGCGUUUCAAUAAACUGCAUAAAGGAAAGAAAAUCUGAGAAAAUCUGACCCACUUAUUUAGGAUUGAGGAACUUUGAUACAGUCUCAUUUAGGUGAGAAAGUGAAGGUGUCGGAUUGAUGCAGUUCAGAUUACGAUCAACUUUCCACACAGCUGAUCUGUUAAUCACGUGAGCUGUGUGGGUCUGCGGUACUCGUUUGUGUCGGUCAACACUUGCACCGAC